AUGGAUUCGGAGAGGGAGCUUCAACACAAGCUGAUUAAUGCUGGGGUGAAGCUUCUGGUGCCAAUCUCUUCUACCGAUGAUCUCCUUGCCUCCCUCGAUAAACUAGAGGGCCUUUUAUCGGUCCUAGGUCAAGAUGCUUUCAGUUCGAUACGAGAUGCACUGUUGCCUUCGAUGAAGGCUCUGAUCUCUGAUAGGCUGUUUAGACAUCCUACUACGGAGGUCAGGAUUUCGGUUAUGUCUUGCAUCUCUGAGGUGUUAAGAAUCACAGCUCCACAUCAACCUUACGAGGAUGAAAAAAUGAAAGAAGUUUUUCAGCUAACUUUAGCUGCAUUUGAGAAGUUGUCUCUUUUAUCUGGUCGCUGUUAUUCUAAAGCUUUGCACAUUCUUGAAAUUGCUGCAACGUUCAGAUGCUGUGUUAUCUUGCUGGACCUAGGCUGCAAUGCAUUUGUCACUGAAAUCUUCGAACUCUUUCUAAGUACCAUUAAGUUCAACCACCCGCAUGCUGUAUUCUCCAACAUGGCAGAAAUUAUGACUUGUCUUAUAGAUGCAAGUGAUGAAAUUUCAUUAGAUCUUCUAAAGCCUCUUCUGAAUAGUGUGAAAAAGGAAAAUCAGAUUACUUCACCAGCUUCCUCUUGGCUAGGAGAGAAAGUACUAAAGAACUGCUCAACUAAAGUCAAACCUUAUCUCAUGAAUGCAUUGAAGUCAAUGAGUCUAGAUAUUAAUGAUUAUGCCGAUAUAGUUGCUUUGUUAUGCCGAGAUAUGCCAGCUGGGGCCAAUGUGGUGAUGGAGGAGUCAGAAAUGACUGCUGCUGACCUUGUGCAAGAUGAAGCUCAGCUUUGCAAGUCACUGCUAGAUGAUUGCACAGCUCAGGAGGCAUACAGUGAUGAUAAUGGAUCAAAUGAUAGGAAUUCUUCAAAGCUAUUGCAGAGCCAUGAACAAGUUGUUCAGCUGAAGAGCAUAGCUAAAAGAUCUGUUGCCCCUGGAGCUUUAGACGGUGGAGGAGAAAUGCAAGCAAGAGCAAGAGUACGAGUCAUGCCAAAUAGAAGGGGAAGAAAACCCAAUUCUCUGAUAAAACCGGAGGAAGGUUAUGAAUAUUCUGGGAUAACUGGACACCGAGAUUCUCACAGAAUACCUUGUAAGAAAAAGAAUCUUGGGAAAGUUAGCAGCUUACCGAGUAAUUCAUCUGCAACGGAGUCUGUUUUGCAGCCUGAACCAGAAAAGGAUGACAAGCCAAGUUCUUUUCCGCCAAGAACGUCACAUUUUGACAGCAGAUGUGCUCCCAUUUCCCUAGAUCCAACUGAAGGAGGUAAAAGUCUUCAGAGAAAGAGUAGGCCAAGGAAGAAAGAGAGCAUGUUUAGUCAUGAUGUUAACAUUGCCAUGUUUGACAAGGAAGGUGUUUUACUGGAAGAUCAACUUAAGAAGAAAAGCUUGCCAGGUUCUGAUGGUUGCUUAAGAACAGGAUCAGACAAAACAGAAAAUGCUGACAAAAAACCUGGGAGAUAUUCAAGGAGGAAGAAAUCUGCUGUCUGUAACAACAUAGAGACAACCUUUGGCAUGAAGAAUGUAUUUGUAACAAAGGAAAAAGACAUGCAGAGUGAUUUGGAUGGAAAACCACUGCUUUUAUUUAGAAGGAAGGAUGGACAAAAAGGAAUGAAAGACAAAGAAAUUGAAAAAUCUGAGGGUUGCAGGAAGCCUAGAAUUGUGAAAGAGUAUGGUGAAGAAUUAAUUGGUUCAAGGAUAAGGGUCUGGUGGCCCGUUGACCGGCAGUUUUACGAAGGCGCUAUUGAUUCUUUUGAUCCCUUGAGGAAGAAACAUAAGGUUUUUUAUGUUGAUGGUGAUGAGGAGAAUUUGAAUCUAAAAAGGGAACGUUGGAUUUUGCUUGGCGGCAGUUCUUGUCAUCAAGUGAUGGUGGAGGGGGAAACAACUGCCUCUCAUCUUGUGGAAACUGAAGCUCAGCUUUGCAAGUCACUUAUAGAUGAUUGCAAAGCUGAGGAGGCAGACACUAAUGACCAUGGAUUAGAUGAUAGGAGUUCAUCGAAGAUAUUGCAGUUUGAUGAAAAAAUUGAGCAGCUGAAGAGCAUGGCUGAAAUAUCUUUCGCCUCUGGAGCUUUAGAAAGUGGAGGGGAAAUGCAACCAAGAGCAAGAGUAGGAGUUACGCCAAAUAGAAGGAAAAGAAAACCCAAUUCUCUUAUAAAACCAGUUGAAGUUUAUACUGAGGGUUGCAAGAAGCCUAGAAUUGUCAAAGAAUAUGGUGAAGAGUUAGUCGGUUCAAGGAUAAAGGUCUGGUGGUCCAUGGACAGUGAGUUUUAUGAAGGUGUUAUUGAUGCUUUUGAUCCUUUGACGAAGAAACAUAAGGUUUUAUAUGUUGAUGGGAACGAGGAGAAUUUGAAUCUGGAAAAAGAAAGUUGGUUUUUGCUUGGCAACACUUCUUGUCAUCAAAAGAAGAAAGCAAGCACGGAGAACAUUUAUAAGAUAAAACAACAAGAUGAUUCUGUUUCUUCAGAGAAAAGGUACCCAACUCGAGCCCGAAAAGCAUCAAGUUAGCAGAAAGGUCUGCUGUAGGUGAUUUGGUAAAAGGAUGUUAAGGAAACAAAGGAUGAGGACGAGAAUCUCAGAAGCAAAGUUCUCAAGGAUGCAAGUAAAUCUAGCAUGUAGCAGCUUAGCUACACAACCAAAAAGAUUAUUUCAGCAAGAACUCCAUGGAUAUGCAUGGAAAAUCGCGAUGCUGCAUCUUGAAAAUGGGCACAACUAAAUGGCCUGAAAACACAGACAAUGUCAUUAGGCUGAUGACGCGGUACUUAAAUUAAGAGUGGAUGAUUUGAAUUUUUGUAGAACUGGAUUUUGUUUUUAUUAUUACUGCCAAAACAUCCCAGUUUUGUGACUAUUAAGCUGAAUUAAGUUUCACGAAGUUUCACAAGUUCAUAGCUGAUUCCUGUAUUUGUUAGGCUGGUCGACUGAGCUUUGUUGGCGCCUUCGCUGCUAUCGUGCUGUGUCUUGUGAAUUGUGGCUUGUACUCUCUGUUUACUUCGGGAUUCUAGAUGAGUCCUUGAGAUGGUUAGGCUAACAGGAAGUUGAGAUGAUUGGAGGGAGGAUUGG